AAGCCAAGUUUUAACCGUAUUUUUUUUAAAGUAUAGAAUAUAUUUUAAUCAGUAUUUAUCAAGCCAUUUUAACAUGAAUCUAUGAUGAUAUCAUUACUUCUGUUUUUCUGCGUUUCUUCGUACUCAUUAAUAUAUUUUUUUUAAUUUAUUUGAACAAUAUUUUGCACUUGCAUGUUGGAUUUAGUUGUAAUUGUUGUAUUACUCAUGAGUAGUUGAGUGUUUACUAUAUAAUUUGUAACUUGCAUUUUAUUGGUCAGUAUGAUCGAACAAUCUAGAAGUUGUUUUCUAUUGGUCGAAACAUUAACUGUUUGGUCAGCCAUUUUGUUUGGCAGUCUAUUUGCUUUGUGUGUGAGACACGGAUCGUUGUGAUAAUUUGUUGUUGUUGUUGUUGUUGUUGUUGUUGUUGUUGUUGCUUAAUCACCUUGAAUGUAAGUAACUGUUCCAAAUAAAUAUUCCGAACACUCAAAGAGCUUUUAACUUUAUCGACUUCGGGUGCGUUAUUCCGUUAUGCCACGAAAAUCCUACACUUGCAUGUUUGUGCGAUGCAAAAAUUGGAUUUGUGAGUGGGCCACGAUUUUGACCGGGUGUCUAGACCGAAGCAGAUGGUUUUUUCAUGGGACCGUUUCCCGGACCUUUGACCUAGAGGUCCGAUUCACAAGGCAGUGGCGCAACGUCAGGAGAUGUCUUGUGGUAGCCGGUGACCAAUAAUAGGUUCAUAUUCCAUUUGUUCCUUCAGGAUAGUGAAGCCAAUGUGCAUCACUGGUUUGUAAAUAGGGUUUUCCAACUCCUAUAUGUUGAUCUUCGUACCCACCAACCUGGUUUAAGCUCUGGGUGGACAUUCGCUCUUUAUGUCUUCAGUUUCAUAAACAACAACAAUGCGAAGUCAUUGGGUAAGACUCCCUCCCUGUCAGUGGUCAUAAUCACAGGGCCAUGUGAGAGCAUUUGGAGUGAGAGAACAGACAUUCUCCACCCGACUGUACUAGGACGUUUGAGGAUAGGGUCCAUUCAGAGAAUUUUGUUUGGAUUACUGAAACGAUAACAAGGAAAUAAAUUUAGUAGGCGAAUAAAAAUACUUCAUAGGCAGUGAAUUUCAAAAUUGUGGGUUCUAAUCAUUUCUGCAUUUCCGUUUUUUAGGUUGAUAAUUAUAACGGCUUCAUGGAUCACUGUGAAUCAAAGGGAGUUAUAGAUUUAUGUGAAUUCCCUUUCUUUCAUUCAUUUCUUGAUCAAGAGGAAUCAGCUGAUUUUGUUUCCGAAUCGGAAUCCCAAAUAAGUUUCGAUAUGUUUGGAACAUGUUCUCUAAAAAACGUUAGGCAUAUUGUUCGUCGGAAUCGACGUCUCAAACCAUUAAGAGUUCAUUUGUUGAAAUCCGUAUUAAAUUUAUGCAGAGCUGCAAACUUAGAACCAUUUGUAUAUGGUGGCACAGCUUUAUCAGUAUUUCGUGAAGAUGGAAAAUUCAUACCACAUGAUACAGAUAUUGACUUGGGUAUCUUGGAAUUUGAUUCUGAAGGAAACAGUUCAUACAUCACGCUGAUGCUUCACUGUCUUAAAAGUGGUAUAAAUGUUUUUGGAGUUGAAAAUAUAGAUGAUUCUUUAGUAUUUGGUGUCAAUUCUGAUUUAUUUGUUGAUUUUUCGGCCAGCAUCAGUAAACGUGUUUGGCUUAAAGCGCAACAGUUUAAUGUACCUGAAACAAUUAAAGAACUACCAUACGAUGGAUGUGACUGCAAACGCAUCAAAUUCUUUUUCAGCACUAAGGGCCUACUUAAAGCCUGUGAAUUAUGUCAUGUGAACUUAAAAAUUGCAGAUCAAAUACUAUCAGAUCCAUCAUUAGUACACGUCGAUUUGUUCACUUUAUCGACCUAUCCAAACUCAUCGGAUGAGUUUAAGUAUUUGCGUGUAAAUUGGAAUUUGCCGGGUAUAUAUGACUGUAAAAAAAAGUUAUUCCCAUAUAACUCCUUCUUUCCAUUGAGACCAUGUACAUUUGAAGGUGUAAACUUGUUAGCUCCGCACGACCUAAAAACUUAUUUAACUAUCGAAUACGGUUACUUGGGACGAGAUGCUGUAUAUAAUUGUAAAAAGCAGUUGUAUGUAAAAUUUCCUUCAAAAUAUUCUGGUCGAUUACCAUCAUACUUUACAUGA